AUGAUUAAAACUUUAUCCCCUGGCACAACAGUUUUAUGUCGCCAGACACUUAUGAAUAAAAUAGCCGACAACUUCAAAGUGAUUAAAGAUGUUCUAAUAGUAGAGUUAUCAGAUAUAUCUUAUGUAUGUACACCGGCAGAUAUUAUCAAAGAAGAUAAAAAUCCGCCAAAAUUUAUAUUGGUCGUAGAGAAGGAUUCCUGUUUCCAGAAUUUGUUAGACGAUGGAUUGUUGGCCAAAUUUUAUCCUAUCAUUCUCAUGACAGGUAAAGGUUAUCCCGACAUUAACACUAGAAGCUUAUUGGUUUCGUUUAGUAACCUUUAUCGAAACAUUCCUAUAUUAGUUUUGACGGAUUCUGAUCCUCAUGGAUUCGAUAUAAUGACGAUAUACAAGUUUGGAUCCAAGGAACUAUUUCGUGAAUCUCAAAACUUAGUAUGUUCAAAGGUCCACUGGUUAGGACUCCUGCCAACCGAUAUAGAAAGAUUUAAUUUACCCUCGACGUUGAUACCUUUCAACAGAUAUGAUACCUCGAAAUGCGCCGAGCUUCUAAAGCGUCCAUAUAUGGCACAGGAAGCAAAUAAGGAUUAUCUUUAUGAGGUCGAAUAUCUGAAAAAUCUAGGCAAAAAGGCGGAAAUCGAAAAUUUAGCCAGCAUAAAGGACAACUUUUUAAUGGCCAUGUAUUUACCUAUAAAAUUGAAGGAGAUCAAUAUUGAAUUUUGA